GGUUCCAUCUGUGGCUACAAGGAGUGACUUUGACAUUUUUGGAUCACACUCCCUGGAAGCAUUUACUCCAUCAAUGCAGCGCUGGAGUACAAAGUAGGCAAGGGUGGGGGGGGAAAACUGGAGGAAGUCAGAGAUUUGCUACUUAAAACAUGCUUUUAGGCAAUGUGUUUUUAUUCCCCCCUCCCACCCUACAGACAAGCCACAUCUUGAUUCAGAAAAGGUCUCCAAAGUAAAAGCAGCUCAGUCAUUUGAUAUAUGAGAAAUCUGGAGGAGUCUGCUAGCUGUUGCAGAGGAAGGCUUGCUCCAGCCUUUGUGCAGAGCUCCUGUGUCCAAGCCCCAGAGAUGGUGCUCCAGACAGCUGUGACCCCGGGCAGGGCCCGCAGACUUUUGUUCAAAAUACCGUAUGGAUCGCUGAGAAGGCGAAGCGGAGAGAGGAUGACGGAGGGUCGGCGAUGUCAAGUCCACCUACUAGAUGAAAGGAAGUUGGAACUUCUUGUGCAGCCAAAACUGCUGGCAAAGGAGCUCCUUGACCUAGUGGCAUCACACUUCAAUCUAAAAGAGAAAGAAUAUUUUGGAAUAGCAUUCACAGAUGAAACGGGCCAUUUGAACUGGUUACAGCUGGACCGCAGAGUACUUGAACAUGACUUCCCCAAAAAGUCUGGUCCAGUUGUUCUGUAUUUCUGUGUAAGGUUUUACAUUGAAAGUAUAUCUUACCUAAAGGAUAAUGCUACUAUUGAACUAUUCUUCCUGAAUGCCAAGUCCUGUAUAUAUAAGGAAUUGAUAGAUGUUGACAGUGAGGUUGUUUUUGAACUGGCAGCAUACAUCCUGCAGGAGGCAAAGGGAGAUUUUUCAAGUGAUGAUCUUACCAAAUUAGAUUUAAAGAAGCUGCCAGCACUUCCAACUCAGGCCCUAAAGGAACACCCUUCCCUUGCUUACUGUGAGGAGAGAGUUAUAGAAUAUUACAAGAAGUUAAAUGGACAGAGCAGAGGACAAGCUAUUGUAAAUUACAUGAGUAUUGUAGAAUCCUGUCCCACGUAUGGAGUGCAUUAUUAUGCAGUUAAGGAUAAACAAGGAAUUCCCUGGUGGCUGGGACUUAGCUACAAAGGAAUUUUCCAAUAUGAUCAUCACGAUAAAGUGAAACCACGAAAGAUCUUUCAAUGGAGACAGCUGGAAAAUCUUUAUUUUAGAGAAAAGAAGUUCUCGGUUGAAGUUCAUGAUCCUCGCAGGGCAUCUGUUACCAGGAGGACAUUUGGUCAUGGAGGGAUCGCUGUGCACACGUGGUACGCGUGUCCCGCUCUCAUAAAGUCAAUCUGGGCUAUGGCCAUUAGCCAACACCAAUUCUAUCUGGAUAGAAAACAAAGCAAGUCUAAAAUACAUGCUGCCAGAAGCCUGAGUGAGAUCGCCAUAGACUUAACAGAGACAGGAACUUUAAAAACAUCAAAACUUGCCAAUAUGGGAAGCAAAGGGAAGAUCAUCAGUGGAAGCAGCGGUAGCCUGUUGUCAUCAGGUUCCCAAGAGUCAGACAGCUCACAGUCUGCCAAGAAAGACAUGCUGGCUGCACUGAAAUCCAGGCAGGAAGCUCUGGAGGAGACACUACGCCAGCGGCUGGAGGAGCUGAAGAAAAUUUGUCUACGUGAAGCGGAACUUACAGGCAAACUGCCAAGAGAAUAUCCAUUAGAUCCGGGAGAGGAGCCGCCUGCUGUUCGAAGGCGGAUCGGAACAUCAUUUAAAUUGGAUGAAGACAAACUUCUUGCAAAAGGAGAGGAAGAGGAGCUGGAACGCCUCGAGAGAGAAUUCGCCAUUCAGUCACAGAUUACAGAGGCAGCUCGGCGCUUAGCCAGUGACCCUCAUGUAAGUAAAAAGCUGAAGAAGCAGAGAAAAACCUCAUACCUCAAUGCUCUGAAGAAACUACAGGAAAUUGAGAACUCCAUUAAUGAUUACCGCAUCAAGACUGGCAAAAAGCCUACACAGAGAGCAUCUUUAAUCAUAGAUGAAGCAAACCUGGGUAGUGAAGACAGCUCACUUUCUGAUGCACUGGUACUAGAAGAUGAUGAUUCCCAGGCUCCUAGCAUUCUAUCACCUAUGCAGUCCCCUCAUAAAGGCCUGCCACCAAGACCCCCCUCCCACGGCAGACCCCACCCUCCUCAAUCAUUGGAUGGACUGAGGCAGUUGCACUACCAGCGAAAUGACUAUGACAAGUCACCAAUAAAACCCAAAAUGUGGAGUGAAUCCUCUUUAGAUGAACCUUAUGAAAAAGUGAAGAAACGGUCAACACACAGUCAUUCCAGUAACCACAAACGGUUUCCCAGUACAGGCAGCUGCUCAGAAGCUGGUGGAAGUAACUCUCUACAGAACAGUCCCAUGCGGAAUAUCCCUCACUGGAACUCCCAGUCCAGCAUGCCAUCCACACCAGAUCUGCGAUUACGAAGUCCUCAUUAUGUCCAUUCAACCAGGUCUGUGGAUAUCAGUCCUUCUAGACUUCACAGCUUAGCACAGCACUUUAGGCACCGAAGUUCCAGUUUGGAGUCACAAGGAAAACUGUUGGGCUCUGAAAAUGAAACUGGAAGUCCUGACUUCUACACUCCAAGGACUCGUAGCAGUAAUGGCUCUGACCCUAUGGAUGAUUGUUCCUCUUGUACUAGCCAUUCCAGUUCUGAACACUAUUACCCAGCCCAGAUUAAUCCUAAUUAUUCAACAUUGGCUGAGGACUCUCCUUCCAAAGCCAGGGAACGUCAGAGACACAGACACAAGUCUAAUGGGAACCUUGUAUCCUCCAAUUCAGGAAGCAUGCCCAACCUGGCUGCCAGGAAUGGAACUGCACACCAUGGUGUAUAUUUGCAUAGCCAGAGCCAACCUUCAUCACAAUAUAGGAUCAAAGAGUAUCCUUUAUACAUUGAAGGAAGUUCCUCCCCUGUUGUUGUGCGGAGUUUAGAAAACGAUCAAGAAGGACAUUACAGCGUCAAAGCACAAUUCAAAACAUCAAACUCUUACACUGCAGGAGGGAUGUAUAAGGAGAACUGGCAUGGGGAUGACAGCACAGACUCUGUUAGGCUUACACCCUCUCGUUCUCAGAUUGUAAGGACUCCGUCACUUGGGAGAGAAGGCCAUGAGAAGGGUUCAGGCAGAACUGUGGUGUCUGAUGAGUUGCGGCAGUGGUUCCACAGAUCCGCUUCAACUCAUAAGGAGCACAAUAGACUUUCACAUACUAGUUCCAACUCUUCAGACAGUGGCUCCCAGUAUAGCACAUCUCAAAGCACCUACGUGGCACAUAGCAGGGUAGCAAGAAUGCCUCCAAUGUGUAAAGCAACAACAGCUGCCUUACCCCAUGGUCAAAGAAGUUCAACGCCUUGUAGUGAUAUAACAGCCACACCUCCUAGCAGCCCUCACCACAUUUUAUCCUGGCAGACUGGGACCUACGAUAGUUACUACCUAGAUUCUGCUCUGUAUUCUGAAUUACCUGAUGUCCAGUGGUACGGACAAGAAAAAGCCAAGCCUGGGACUUUAGUGUGACCCCUUUACCACAGCGCCAUUCGGAGAUCACCUCACUGCCUCUCAUUUGCCUUACCCAGAUGCACUAUCAUCCCACACCAGCUUCAGCUACAAGCACUUUUCAUUUUGAAACCUGCGAGCGAGGAAACCAGUUCAAGCCCCAUCUCUAAACGUACGGCUGUUCCCGGAGAACCACGUUGCUACUACUGACUAUCGCGUGCCUCCUGCUUUAUGUAUAUUGAGAAACUGUGAAAGACUCUUUCAUACUCCACCAAAAUCCUUUUCUAUUAGUCGGGAAUAAAAUCAUCACUGUUUAAUCACUAAUAUUAUCUUUGUAAGGAAGUGAAACUAAAUAACAAUAUGAAAGAGUUGAUGUUUAGGCCAACAGAGCACUAGUAAAAAAAUAGCAUUUUUUUUGUCGUUUGUCUUAUUUUCAGGGGAAUCUGCUAUUCUAUAUUUCCUAAUUCACAUCUUAUUUUUUUAGGUAUUAAAACUGACAAAUUGUCUAUGAAUUGUGGUCAGUUCAGUUCUAACCAAAGAUAAAUCAGGAAGGUUGCAAAUUGCUUGCUAUCUAGAUGUGACUCUUUAGAACCCGACA